AUGAAGUUCAGUUUGCUUCCCCUUGUUGUGUCGUGGCUCGCAGCUGCAGCACCAAGCCAGCCUCAACAGCCAUUGACGGGAAACCACCAACAGCCUUCUCUGUCCACGCAUCGAUCGAGGCUCAUAAGACAAAAUGAUAGUCUCUGCGAUGCCGGGUCUUCCCACUGGACAGGCAGCGUGCCCGUUGGAGACAAAAGAGACAUGUUUUUCUGGUACUUUGAGAGUCGAGCUGAUCCAGAGACGGCGCCAUUGAUCAUUUGGAUGAACGGUGGCCCUGGAGCAUCGUCCCUGCUCGGUGCCUUCCAUGAGCUGGUCGGUCCUUGUACUGUCAACGACGACGGCCAAGGGACGAGUCGCAAUGAACUUGGUUGGACUAACUUUGCGAAUGUCCUGUUUAUAGACCAACCAGUUGGCGUUGGAUUUUCUGAAACCGAGGACACCAACCUCUGGGCUGAGAGCCUGGUUGAAGGGGGGGUCGAUUUCGACCAUUUCCUCGAGACGUUUUUGAUCGAUUUCUUCCCACAGCUCCAAGGCCGGCCAAUUCACCUGGCGGGUGAGUCCUUCGGUGGCCGUUACUGUCCGGUAUAUGCCUCUGUGAUGAAGAGGAAGUUGGCCUCCGUCAUGCUCUUUGACGCAUUUGUUGAUGAGCAUUGGGGGGCUCUAGGGGCCUACCGUCAUCUUUGCAGCUCCAUGACCAGAUCAAAUCCUCUCAAUAGCACAGCUUGUGCUGAGAUGGAGGCUGCGUACCCAGCAUGCCACAAGUUUGGACAGCUCUGCAGCUCAACAUAUGAUGCAGACAUUUGCAGAGAGACAUCGCAAAAGUGUGCAGCCAUCUGGGAACCCUUCUAUCGUGAAGUGGUGCCUGGUGGUCGCAACCCUUACGAUGACAGGGCCAAGUGCACAACGCCACCCAUGUGUGGCCAUCUAGGCAAGCCAACCUCACAGAAGCCCGUCGAAAAGUACAUGAACUCCGAAACCCUGCAAAAGGCGCUCGGCUUCGAGAGAGCGAUCAACUAUAGCGUAGUGAACAUGGAUCUUAACAAGAAAUGGGAGACUCACCCAGAUAUGGUGAUCCCAUCCACACGCGAGCUAUCGAAUAUUCUCGACGACAAGACCACACCAAUUCUGGUCGUCAACGGAAACAACGACGUCAUUGUGUAA